AUGCAAAUAGCAGCUGCGAAGAGACCUAUUAAAUACUCUGUGGUGGAUGCAUUCACAGAUAGGCCACUUAAAGGUAAUCCUGCAGCCGUCUGUUUGUUGGAAGGAGAAGAUAAAAAGGAGGAUGAGUGGUUACUAGGACUUGCCAGAGAGUUUAAUGCUCCGAUAACAUGCUACUUGACUCGAGUUGUUUAUCAUGAUGGCGAUAGUGAUGACGAUAAUUGUGAUAAAUCCGAGUAUGAAAAGAAGUAUAAUCCUGUUUUUAACAUUAGGUGGUUCACUACUGUUGCAGAGGUUGACAUUUGUGGACAUGCAACCAUGGCCGCUGCAAAAUUUCUAUUUACAUCUGGUUUAAUAAAAUCAAACCUAAUUGAAUUUAUUGGACUAUCCGGAAGUCUAACUGCUAAGAAAUGUCCUGUCCGGAAAAGUGAGGAUAUAUUAGAUGGAUCAAAGAUUUUGAGCAAUGGUAGUAUUUACUCAGACUUCUUCAUCGAAUUAGACUUUCCUACCACUACACUGGUGGAAUGUGAUCCACUGGAGAUACCUUCCGUACCACAAACUCUCAAUGGUGCAUCUGUUCUUAAUAUAAAGAAAACAGCUUCUUUCGGCGACCUAAUUAUUGAGGUCUCAUCGGGACAAAAUGUCAUAGACUUGAAGCCAAACUAUGACGAGUUAAAAGGGUGGACGGGAGGAAGAGGAGUCGUUUUUACAGGCAAAGCUCCCCAUGGAUCUGGCUUGGAUUUCAUCUCUCGAUUGUUCUCUCCAAAUCUUGGUGUUGACGAGGAUGCUGUUUGUGGGAGUGCCCACUGUGCCUUGGCACCUUACUGGAGCAAGAAGUUGGGAAAAUCUGAUUUUCUUGCUUACAUGGCAUCUCCAAGAGGAGGAGUAUUGGAUCUCCAUUUAGAUAAGGAAACUGAAAGACUAAAGAUUAGAGGGAAAGCUUUUAUUGUCAUGGAAGGAGCUCUAUUUGCUUGAUCAGAUCUAUCAAUAUUCUUAUUGUCUCAUUCUCCUUUCGGAUUGAUGGGUAAUAACAACUACACGUGCAUCGUCAUAAACCUUAACUACUGUUUGCGGUCAUAGCUAGAUUGCUUAAGAGGACAAGCUGGACAUGUUAUU